AUGGUGAAUAUGAAUUUGAGGAUAAAAAGUUAGGAAGUGUAAAAUGAUUUCGAAUACUAGGGGUGGUAUUAAUAAUAGAUAGAAGGAUGAACUUAACAUGAGAAUGUUUAUCUAUGUACUGAGAUAUCAUGAGCUGUAUAAAUUUUAGUAUGUACGUCGUUUUAUCCUUUUCAAGCAUAACAAAUAAACAAAAAGCCAAUUUUUUUAAGAUGUCAUCAGAAAAUAGGUUUACAGAAAAUUUGAAUUGCUAUAAUAGUAAUAAAGAUGA